AUGUUCAGCAUCAUUACUCUACCCUUGCUUGCAGCUAUUAUUGCUGCCGAAACAAUCGUUCUUCCAACCUACGACGCAUCCGACCUACCUCACCUUCAGGGCUACAGGCAGGGUGCAUUCGGUCCCCAACCACCCCACAUCCAGGGCAAACAGCAAGGCGCUUUCUCGCGUCGACAAGGCGCUUCCGGGUGGGGAUCCAAUGGGGCUGGCGGUUGCUCUGUCUCCCGCGGAGUUGCUACGAACCCAAGCGAUGGCAGUCCUGGAGAUGGAGACCCUCACCAGAACUAUUAUCAUAUUCAAAUCAGCGAACCUAUCAGCUGCGGCAAUGGCAACUGCUCUGUGGAUGAAACCGAGGCAAACUCAUACAACAUCGGAUUCCAAGUCGGUUCGAACAGCAACUUCAAGCCAGGCGAAGUUGCCGAGUGGUUCCAGCCUGCCUUUUCAGUCCAAGAAAGCUGGAAGACAGGCCAAAAGUACAAAUGCGAUGGAAAUCCGAACGGACGAGUAGCCAUCUGGCAGAACGUUGCCCACACCGCAUAUAGCGUUUGGAACACACCAUCCGGUAACUGUGGCUAUUCCAACAGCGAUUAUGACACGUACGUCAACAUCUAUAGAGCUCCCAACCAGGAGAAUGUCGGCGGAGGGUUCUACUGCGUACGUGAUGACGGAUCAGGUUACGUCAGAAACCAAGGUGACGGCUACUGGGAGGGCGGCUGUGCGGGCGGCCCUCAAGCAUAUUGCGGUAAUGGAAAUGUCAUUGGAUAA